AUGAAUCAUGGCGAGAAUAUGGAGUCCAAUAUUGAUUAUCACAUACAAGAUGAGGCAGAGAGGCUGCUUAAAGAGAUUGAACUGAUGGUGGUAAUCUAUGCUUUGGGAAGUAUGGAAUACAGUUUACGUUCACAGUUUCAGCUUGCCAUAGUUCUCCUACUAAAACUAGAUUUUUCCAAUUGGAUUGGCGAUAUACAAGUAUAUGAUCCUGGAAUGUCUCCGGCUGAUAUCAUAGUUUUCAAGGAGCUGGGUUUUGAGGUUCUGACCAUUGAUGAAAAUUGUAAGAGGCAAGUUCGGAGACCAACAAUGUUCUACAUGCCUCAUCCUAAUUAUUAUCAUAUUGGCAACUUGGUAAAGCUGUCUUCGCGCAGUAGUAACCGUAUAUUUUCUAUCGACAAACUCGUUUCGCCAUUCAUUGACGAGAUUCGACCAUUUACUUUCAAUCCAGAAAGAUCUAAUUUGAAUGGAGAAAAUUUGCUUGGCAUUUCUUUGACGUGGAUCCCAACAUUGACAUAG